AUGUUGAAUUUUUUUAGAAGAUUCCUAUCUAGGGCGGCAGAGACUCAAGCACCUUUGAACAACCUCCUCCAGGGCAACUGGACACCAGCAACGGUGGCGACAUUCGAGGCGUGCAAGGAGAGCCUCGCCGAAGCACUCCUCCAACAGAGGACCAAUGGCCACUGGAAACCGUUGGACUUCUUCUCCAAGAAACUGAGUCCCACCGAGUCAAACUACGGGGCUUAUGACCGAAAAUUACUAGCCGUUUAUCUCGCGGUCAAACGUUUUAGGCAUAUGGUAGAGGCGCAAUCUUUCACCAUCUAUAUAGACCACAAGCCGAUCAUGUAUGCCUUUCAGAAGAAGAACACCGAGUCCUCGACCCGCAAAAUACGACACCUGGGCUUCAUCAACCCUCUUUCCCUCAUCGAGGCCCUGGAGACCUCGAUUGAUGUACAGGCUCUGGUAGCAGCACAACAGCAGGCUGAGGAACUAGAAAGAUUUCGGACAGGGAGUACAGGCCUUCAGCUCCAACUGGUACGAAUCCUAGGCUGCAAUGUAUUGAGUGCAAGCGUCCGAAGAUUUCACACCACGUCUCUUAGCCUGUUGGUACGUUCUCGCCACCAUCAGCCCGGUCUGAGCACGUACACUUUGGAUAUAGUAAUUAUGCCGCUCUCAGAGGGUUGUCGUUACUGCCUUACCACGGUAGAUCGGCACACCCGCUGUCCAGAAGCCGUACCAAUUAGCGAUCAAGAAGCAGCAGCCGUGGCACAAGCUUUCUACGGUACAUGGAUCGCACGAUUCGGCACCCCGCUACGAGUAACCACCGAUCAAGGUAGACAAUUCGAGUCGUAUCUAUUUAAACAAUUAAAUUGUUUAUUGGGAACCACUCAUUUGAGAACGACAGCCUACCAUCACUCAGCCAACAGAAUGAUUGAACGCCUACACCGACAGCUAAAAGCAUCAGCCACCAGAAUAAUCGCUAGACGGAACCCCUAUCCACCGUAUAUGGCAAAUCUCUCCGCCUGCCCUUUGAAUUCCUGGGUAUCCCACGCAACGAAAGCAGGGCAGACAACAGUACCGCAAGCUUCGUCAAAGGGUUACGUCAACACUUGCAGGACCUUCGUUUUCAAAGAUUUCGCCACCUCCGAGGAAGUUUUUAUACGCCACGACGGUCCCAAGCAGCCGCUUCAGCAGCCAUACGACUGUCUGUACAGAGCCGUAAGGCGAUCGGCAAAAACGUUCGUCGUCAACAUAAAAGGUCGAGAUGUCACCGUUUCCAUAGACCGGUUCAAAUCCGCGUAUGUACUCAAUGGCGACACGCUCACGUCACGGUAUGGCCACAACACUACGAGGACGACUCCCACAACAGACGAACCAGCGCCCUUUGCAGAUCAACCGCGCGCCGACGACGAGGUGCCCAAGCUUCCACAACAGCGAGGACCACUAGGUCAGGAAGACAGCUACGCUUCACUGAGCGCCUGUAAAGCGAUACCACCAAUAACAGAUGAAGAAAUAAACAGAGCUGUCAACAAACUGAAGCUUUUUGGCAGAGCGCAAAGACAGGAUGAAAUCAGUUCAGAAAUGCUAGGGUUCAUUGGGACAAUAGAAAAGGAACGUAGGAAUUAUAUUACCAUUAUAUCAAACAGAAGAUUCCAAGCACUGUCCAAAUUAUGGAGGCAUAACCCUAACCAGUAUGAGAGAAAAAGUGAAGAGGAAUAG